AAAGGUCUGUGUUUGUUAUUGUUUUCGUCGAGGUGGUAUAUGCGUGUGGAUCUUUUGUAGUAACUCGUUAAUAGGCUCUGUGGUAUUGUGAUUUCUAGGAGACGAAAAGCGAAACGCAAUAUUGUUGAAGAGAAAACGGGAAACGUAAUAUACAUUCGCAUUUUGGGACGCAAACCAGUUGAUCUGUUAAAAUGAUUGUAGUUAGAAUAUCGUAUUUUCCCACAGAAUAUAAAUGUGUAGGAGUUAUUUAAUACUGUGACAUAUGUACUCAAGUUGCACGUGUAGUGUUGUACUUAUGAACGUUAUAAAUGGCAGAGUUAGCUCCAUAGCUGUGUUGUAUGCAAUUUAGUACUGUUGUAGUGGCUGUUGGAAGGCUUCUUCAAAGAAGCACAUUGCAAAUCCAGUACCACAACAGAGUGACUACAUGAUCACACAACCAUCUCUUGGGUGAGGAUGCGUUCCUGGGUGCAAUUUCCACUAUGCACUGUGUAGUGUUGCUUUCUGCGGGACGACGACCAUGGACUUUAUUGCACCUAAUAUCCAUCACGGCAGCCAGUCCAUUGUGGUGGGGCCGCCAUGUACCCUGUUGGUUGUAGCUCCCUGACAACACAGGGAUCGCUCUACUGAUGCCUGCGCUGUUAACUCCCCAUGUAUGCCAAGGAGUAGAUGCCCAUCUCCCUGGGGCAUCAGGACUCCCGGCAAUGGCCAUCCUGCCAGGUGGCCCUUGCUGUGGCUUGGUGGCGCCCGUGGGGAGGGCCCUUGGUCGAGUAGGUGGAAUCAGGGCGGGUGACAUGCAAUGAAUCGUUGCACACCAGCAGUCUCUAAGCAUUCGAGGGCUCACUUUAAAGCUAAUGUGUAUCACCCCAAAUGUUUCCCCUCCCUGGCCACACCGUGGGAGGAACGAAAGGCUGUGAAUGAGAGCGAAAUGUAUUUGCCCCGGUACCUCACCUGUACCAGAGCUGACGGGGAAUCCUUUGUGUGCAUGAAGCCUCAGUUCUUUGUAGAGCAUUUAGAGGACAAGUUCAGGGAGGUGGAGGGAUUGUCCAAAAUGCGGUCAGGGGCAGUCUUGAUAAAAUCAGCAUCCUCUGCCCAGUCACGAGCCUUGCUCUCUUGUACGAAGAUGGGGGAUGUUUCUGUUACUAUCACCCCACAUAAAAGCUUAAACAUGGUCCAGGACAUUAUUUUCCACAGAGAUCUUCUUUUACAGUCCGAUGACGAGCUGCGUGCCAGCUUAGAGCGACGAGGUGUCGAUUUCGUCCGGUGCGUCCACCGGGGCUCGCCGGACUGUAAGAUUCUACAGAAAGAAUGGAAAAUAAUGGAAUACAAGACCCUGGAUCGACUGACCUACACUGAGGUUAAACAGAAAUUUGAACAACUUUAUCCAGUACGCAUGACAUCAUAUUAUGCAGCCACCGGCACUCCUGCUACAGUUCCCAUAGCUGCACCACAUACCGUCAGCUCUCAGAGCCAGAGGACCACACCUGCCCCCUUGACGGUGGGGGCCACUUCUCUCUCUGUUGCUGCUGCACCACCUACCUCGGGAGCAGCGCCCCCUCAACCACUGGGGACACCAGUCCCCACUUCUAAGCCAGAGAAGCUUGUCUUUUUCAGCUUCUCUAACUUGGAAGGGAUCCCUUGGGUCACUCCCUUCCCAGGUUCCUACCAGCAGCACGGCAGACACCCACCAGUGGCUGAAGAAGCCACAAGUCACUGGUCAUCGAGCUUCGCGAUCAUCUUUGGUCCCGGAGACAGACUCAAAAAAGCCCUCCCAGCAAGGGCAACCAAGGUAACAGCAUGAGAAAGCAAAAUUGAAAACCCCUAAGACCAAGGCACCUGCGGUGGCACGUACUCCACCGCUACCUACAAGCUCUGUGUCUGAGGAUGAGGAUGAGAUUCUUGCAUCCGCUGAGGACCACGAUCUCACCGGUCCCUUGGACAUGAUGGAUGUCACUCUUGUCAGUACUCGAUCGGUGGCAGCAGGUGACCCAGCAACGUAAUUUGCCUCCUCAGUCCCUUCACGCCUUUCUCAGCCAUGGACAAUGUCAUCCUCCAGUGGAACUGCAGCGGUUUCUUCCACCAUCUUGCUGAGCUCUGACAGCUUCUCAGCCUUCACCCUUUCCUCUGCAUUGCUCUUCAAGAAACUUGGUUUCCAGCGAUGCGAACCCUCGCCCUCCGUCGCUAUCGGGGUUAUUGUAAGAACCGGGCAGCUUAUGAAAGGAUAUCUGGUGGCAUCUGCAUCUAUGUCCUUCAGUCUCUUCACAGCGAGUAUGUCCCUCUACAAACACCUUUAGAGGCUGUCUGCAGCCUGUAUCUUCCACUGGAUGGUGAUAUCCCACAGCAUGUCUUGGCUGCACUGAUAGCCCAAUUGCCACCACCUUUCCUGUUACUUGGCGACUUCAACACCCAUAACCCUCUGUGGGGUGGGUCAGUGGCGACAGGUCGAGGCGCCACCAUUGAGAAUGUAUUGGCACAGCUCGACCUCUCCCUUUUAAACAAUGGUUCCUUCACUCAUUUCAGUGUGGCGCAUGGCACGUACUCCACCAUCGACCUUUCAAUCUGCAGCCCUAGCCUCUUACCGUCUGUCCAAUGGAGUGUGCGUGACGACCUGUGUGGUAGUGACCACUUUCCGAUCUUUCUGUCACUGCCACAGUGUCACUCUUCUAGGCGCCCUUGCAGAUGGGCUAUGAAUAAGGUGGACUGGGACUUGUUCUCCUCUAUUGCCAUUAUUGAGCCUCUUUUUAAUGAAGCCAUUGAUGGGGUGGUUCACUUGGUCACCACUGGCAUCGUUACUGCCGCAGAACCUGCCAUUCCCCAUUCUUCUGGGUCCCCUCAGCGGAGAACUGUGCCUUGGUGGUCGCCUGCGAUUGCCGAGGGGAUUAAAGAUCGCAGGCGGGUGCUCCAGCGUCACAAGCGGCAUCCCUCAUUAGAAAACGUCAUCGCCUUUAAACAGCUCCGUGCGCGGGCCCGCCGCAUCAUCCGCCAACACAAGCAGGAGUGCUGGGAACGGUAUGUCUCCACCAUUGGCCUCCAUAUCUCUGUGUCACAGGUUUGGGCAAAGAUUAGGUGCCUCUAUGGCUAUCGGACCCCUGUCAGUGUCCCUGCGCUGUCACUGAAUGGAGCAGUUUGUACUGACUCCAACAUAAUGCAAACCGCUUAGCAUACCAUUUUGGUCUCAGUUACGCUUAUGUGAAUUACCCACUGGCCUUCUGCUACAUUAAAGAGCGGAUGGAACAUCGGAGCCUUUCAUUUCAUACCCGCCAUCCUGAAUCCUACAAUGUUCCAUUCAGUGAGUGGGAAUCCCACAGUGCCCUAGCCGCUUGCCCUGAUACAGCUCCCGGGCCAGAUUGUAUCCACUGUCAGAUGCUGAAACACCUCUCAGUGGACUGCCAGUGACGCCUCCUCGACCUUUACACCCGUAUCAGUGUCGAGGGUGAGUUUCCGUCGCAAUGGCGGGAAAGCAUUGUUAUGCCUGUUUUGAAACCUGGCAAGAACCCAUUGGAGGUGGACAGCUACCGCCCCAUUAGCCUCACCAACGUUCUUUGCAAGUUGCUCGAACGACUGGUGAGCCGGCAGUUGAGCUGGGUACUCGAGUCUCGGGGCCUUCUGGCUCCGUCUCAGGGUGGGUUCCGUAAAGGCCACUCUGCCACCAACAAUCUGGUGAGCCUGGAGUCAGCCGUCCCUACGGGCCUUUGCCCACCAUCAGCACCUCGUCGCUGUCUUUUUUGACAUGCGGAAGGCAUACGAUACGACAUGGCACAAUCACAUCCUCUCUCCGCGUUAUGGUUGGGGACUUCGGGGUCCGCAGCCGAUUUUCAUACGAAAUUUUCUGUUGCAUCGUACCUUCUGCAUGCAGGUCACAGCCUCCCCUAGUUCCCUCCGAGUUCAAGAGAAUGGGGUACCACAGGGAUCUUCUUAAGUGUCUGCCUGUUUUUAAUUGCAAUUAAUGGGCUCGCUGCGGCGGUGGGAAUGUCUGUCUCAGCUUCCUUGUAUGCUGAUGCCUUGUGACUCUACUAUAGCUCCAUUGGCAAUGCAGCUGCUGAACAUCAGCUGCAGGGGGCUAUCCGCAAGGCGUAGUCUAGGGCUGUAGCGUACGGCUUCCAGUUUUCGGCUGCCGAGACCUGCGUUAUGCAUUUCUUCACCCUGAGCCGCGGCUUUAUUUUGCCAGUGAACUUCUUGUUGUGGAGGAGACGCAUCGGUUUUUGGGUGUGGUUUUUGAUGCCCGGUUGACUUGGCUCCCACAUAUUCGGCAGCUUAAACAGAUGUGUUGGGGGCAUCUUAAUGCUCUGCGAUGCUUGAGCCACACUAGCUGGGGUGGCGACCGAGCUACCCUCUUACGGCUCUACCAGGCGUUAAUCCAGUCCCGUCUGGAUUAUGGGAGCCUGGCUUAUGGUUCAGCAUCCCUUUCUGCGUUGCUGGUGCUAGACCCAAUCCUUCACAGUGGGAUUCGACUUGCCACUGAUGCUUUCCGGACCAGUCCUGUGAACAACAUACUUGUGGAGGCAGGUGUCCCUCCACUUUGGUUACGGCGCCAACGUUUACUGGCCGCUUAUGCUACACAUGUUUGUAGCUUGCCUGGGCACCAUGAUUAUUGUCUCCUGUUCCCUCAGUUGGCCGUUGAUCUCCCAGAACGUCGGUCCCGGUCGGGUUGUACGAUUGCGGUCCAAGUCUGGGCUUGGGGUUUUCCCUCUUCCACCUCCUUUCCGGGCCCCCCUGCGUACAGCCCCGUGGUGUGUGCCUCGCCCUCACCUUUAGCUGGAAUUGGCACAGAGCCCGAAGGACUCAGUCCCUCCAGAGGCCUUCCGCCACCGUUUUCUUUCCAUCCUUGCCAUGUAUCAGGGCUCUGGCAUUGUUUACACUGGCGGUUCGAUGGUUGCUGGUCGUGUCUGUUAUGCUCUCACUCUAGGGGACCAUUACGAACAAUGCUCAUUGCCGGCUGGCUGCAGCAUUUUCACUGCUGAGCUGAUCGCCAUCUUUCGUGCCCUAGAGUAUAUCCGCUCCUGCUCAGGUGAGUCCUUCGUUAUCUAUAACGACUCCCUGAGGGGUUUUCGAGCUAUCGACCAGUGUUUCCCUCGCUCUCGUCUGGUGAUGGCUGUCCAGGAGUCCUUCCAUACUCUUGCCUUGUCAUGUCGGCAUCCCGGGCAAUGAACAUGUUGACCGCCUGGCCAAACAGGCCACCAGUGAACCAACUCUGGACAUUGGCCUCCCAGAGACUGAUUUGCGAGCAGUCUUACGCCGCAAAGUUUUCGCACUUUGGGAUGCUGAAUGGCGCAAUCGGACCACACCUCAUAAACUCCGUGCUGUCAAGGAGACGACAACUGUGUGGCAGUCAUCCAUGCGAGCCAUGCACAGGGACUCAGUUGUCCUUUGUCGGCUCCGCACUGGCCACACUCGGCUGACGCACAGACAUUUACUGAGCCAUGAGGACCCGCCUCUCUGUCGCUGCGGGGCGGCUUUGACGGUGGCCCACAUUUUGUUGGCCUGUCCGCUUUUAGCUGUGCUCAGGCAGACAUUUGCGCUGCCUGAUACGCUCCCUGCCCUUUUAACAGAUGACACUGCCAUGGCAGGCUUUGUUUUGCGUUUUAUUCGUGCAGGGUGCUUUUAUCACUUGAUCUAAGUGUUUGUCUUUAUUUUGUGUUGACUCUGGCCUUUGGCCUACGUUUUUCGACUGAGUUUUUUAGUGUGUUUCUUGAUGGUUGGCUUUUGCUUUUUUGUCUCUAUGGUCAGCCAACCACUGUCACACUCUGUGUGAUUUUAAUUCAUUUUGUCUGGUCUCUGUUUGAGUUUUUCUUGUCUUGUGUCGUCUCCAUUGUUCAUUAUUAUUCUUUGUGGGUGUUUGAAGAUUUUGGAACAAGGGACCAAUGGCAUUAGCAGUCUGGUCCCUUCAAUCCCACAAACCAACCAACAGAGUGACUACAGGAUUGCAUAACCAUUCGUUCUGAGAUGGUUACUAGGGAUAGGGCAACAGCCAGUACCCAAGAUCAUUAUUUUUAUUUUACCAUCUGUGCCAAAUUAAAAUGUCUGGUAAUAUAUUAAUGUUACGUCACUGUCUGUGGUAGUAUCAUUGAUACACUAUAAGAAAAGGAAAUGGUUUACAUUCCACUGUGAAAACCCAAUGUCAUAAAAUGUUUAUUGACGUGGAUGACACUUCUAUCUCUUGUGCUGGAGUUACUGUUGCAAUGGGUGUGAUUUUUUGGUAUGACACGUUAAAAACAACAGCAGUAAAAUAAAUUUGU